AUGGACCCCUCACAGCAAUCUUCAGGCGCUCCGACGCUCUCGCCCGAAGUCAUUGCAUUUGCUGGACGAAUGUACGAUGCUGCCAGAACUGGCGAUGUCGCCGUAUUUGAGCAAGCUCUUCCGGCUGGAUUGCCGGCAAAUAUGACAAACGAAAAGGGAGACACAUUGCUCAUGCUCGCAGCAUAUCACGGACACGCAGAACUUGUUAGACUGCUGAUACAACACGGCGCCGACCCGAAUCGUGUCAACGACAGAGGGCAGAGUCCCCUUGCCGGAGCCGUGUUCAAGAAGGAGGAUGCUGUUAUUGAGGUCCUAGUAGAGGGCGGCGCAGACCCAGAUUACGGAAAACCAACCGCCAUGGAGUGUAUCGCCUUGUUUCAGCAGGAAGAUGUGUGGAAAGCCAAGUUUGAAGCAGCGCCAGGCAGAGGCAAGGGAAAGCCGCCUUCUCCAACUUUAUAA